AUGGGUCGGCUCGACCGGAGUGAUACCACGGCUUCACAGAAAACCGGCGUGAAACAACCACAGCGUUGUGUUUCGCCGUUGAAGCUAGACUGGCCUAGGCAGCCUAGACUAGAGUUCCCCUACAUUCAGUGCGCUGCGAACCGUCCACUGGGAGAGAUGUGCAGAUCUUUGGAGCCGACAAUAAGCUGCUCAAUGCAACUUUAUCUCUUCAUACCCCGCGAUCGACAGGUCCCUGAUGGAUGGAGACAGUUGCCAUCGGUUCAAGCAGCGCAUCAACGUGUACUGCGCACCAGAACCCAAGUCCUUCUAUCAAGGGUUACUGGAGUACAGCAGCCGCAACACCCCUCUCCGAACCUGAAUAACGCAGUACGACGACCCAGCUAA